AUGGCCGUCUGGAUCCUGAUUGACAGUGCACAUGGGCGACGGCUUGGCAGUUCGUCUGAUGGGCGUUGCGAUGGAUGCGACCGUGCGCCAUGUAGAGUGGAGGGCCGGCGCUGGUUGGCGGAUAGGGGGGAGCGACGGCAAAUGGGUGUGCGCCGUGUGAUAGCAGCAGCAGUCCAAGGCCGGUUUAAGGCAGCCGGCGCUGCUAGCGGCACGGCGGCUCUUGGACCUCCCUGUCGCGGGCUCUUGCGCGUAUUGGCAGGCGGCGGCGGGGAGCUUGGCGCACAUGCUGUGGGCAGACCCGGUUGGUGGAGCGGAGGCGGGCAAGGCGCGAUGCGUGAUAAGAAGUUGGGGGGACGCUCAAGGCGCGCCAUCUCAUCUCUUCCAGAAGGCGAUGUCGCGCUGCGAGAGGAGCUUGGCCGGCGCGGCUCCAGCGGAGCAAAGCUUGGUGGCAGAGGCGGGCUUGCGAGCUGCCUGAACGGGGAGGUGGUGGGUUUGCUCUGGCGAGCAUCACGUGAACCCCUUCCCCCGGCGCUGGCCUGCACCUUCCUCAUCCACGAUAGCCCCUUCCCGCAUCGCGCAGCCCCAUCGGCCAACCGUCGCCUUGGCCUCGUGUCCGGCUCGCAGGAGGGCGACUCUUUUCUGAUUGCGGCGCGGUUGCUCUCCAACAAUCUCCCUCACACCCCAUUCGGACUGCUCGUCAUCUACCGGAUAUUCAGUGUAACCUCGUCAAUCAGAAUGGCCGACUUCAGCCGUUGUUUGCGCUGGGCCAUCGUUGGCUCGCGUGCUCUCUUUCAGACGCCCGUAUCGAAGCCUGCGUCUGUGCGCCUCCCAGGUAGAGUUUGUCCCGUCUCACCCGAGGGAGGCAAAAAGUUCGCCUCGUACGUGUGCGGCUCGAGCAAGACAAAGACUCCCGACAGGCUCGCAAGCAUGCCAUCCACGGCCCUGGAGCGAGCUAAUGCUGCCGACCGUCUACCCCACGCGCCUCUCGUUUCCUGCUGGAACAGGCAACAUCUCCAUCCUAGCUAUUCGUAUCUGACUUCGCCGAGGACGAAGUCAUGCAGGCUGUCAGACACUACACCGUACGGGGCAGGAUUCCAGAAUCACGUCGCUCCUUGGCCACGCGCCAACGCGGCGUCUUCCUAUGUACGUUCAACCCUCAAAUCUCUCCCCAACGCGGCUCGAUUCGCGCCCUCCGAUUGA